UUUGUUACACAAUAUAUAAAUUGAACUUGUUUCAUGCAGUUUCUUUGUUUAGGAUGUUUCGCUCUGCUUUUUGGCAGCUUCUCUGCUUGGUUUGGCCUUUAUUAAGUGUAGGCCUAGUUCACGAAUGCAAUUUCGAUGGGACAGGACUGGUCAAACGAAAUCUAUCCUCCUCCUCGUCAUCGAUUCUACUUUCUCAGCAGCUUCCUGCUUCGAGAGCCAGCUCUCAUUCGUGCAUUGUAACAGCAGCCCGCAGUGACAGUUUUCUGCGAGUCAAGACGAACGCCCUCGGUGAAAUAUCUGGUAAGUCUCUAUUUUUCUCAAUAAAGGCGAUAGUUAUGAUGUUUGAAAUUAACCUUUGUGUCACGAGAAUCAAAGAUUUUCAGAACGCGGAAAGAAUCACAAGCGAACGCAACUGCUUGCGUUUCCGCGCGAGUUAAGGCGCAUUUUUACACUUGAGUGAAAACGCUUGCUAAUCAGGCGACACCUUUGCUUUGCUCUGUUUAGUAUAGCCUUUGUAUACCUUAUAUUGUAUCGGCUUAAUCACUGUUUCCUUGCAUGGUUGAUUGGAAAGUUAACGUUCGGAUAAUGUACUGAUUUAUUCACAUCUAUUUAUAACCCCGGGCAUGAUAAACUUGUUGAUACCAACGUUGCCACCACCACUCAUAUUCUGUUUGAUUUGAUUACCAUUAUCUAUUGAUUUUAAGUAUGGCGUCUUUAAAGAGAGACGUCUGGAUGAUUUUUGUGCUGAGUAAUCCGGAAAACUUUCGCUUUCACUGUCAGUGUUAAAGUACAGUGUGACACGCGACAAUUCGGGGUUCGCGUGACAUGAGUUUGCUUCAGUGACCUCGCAGCCGUUUUCGUCUCGUCCCGCAACACUCCUCCCUUUUAAGGGGGAAAUAGACUGCGAGCAGUCUCUAUUUUUCUUCAGAUUUAGUGAGAGCAAUGCACGCGCGCGGGAGCGGCGAAGCCGCGAGACGCGCGAAACGAGGGCGGCAGCCCGAGAAGGCUUUGCGCUUUCCCAAGGCUCAGUGGGGAACGGCGAGAAACUACACGCGAGACCUGGAGACAAGCGAGAAGCGCGAGAGGGGGAUGAUGGGAACGAGUGUAGAGCGCGUGCGGGGAGCGCGUGCGGGGAGCGCGUGCGGGGAGUGAUUCCCUUUGUCCCCGCUUCACUUAAUAAUUAACUCAAAUGUCCCUCAAAAAGUGAUCGCGAGCAACUGGGUACGAGGCAGACGAAACCUUUCCCGAGGAACGACGUCUCUAUAGAAUUGCUUUUCUGUGGCCAUAAAUCUCAGAAAUGGGGAAAUAUUAGGGCUUUAAUGGAGGCUGACUUGUGUUUGGCUUCUUGGCUGGUGUUUCACUCGGACUCGCGUUUGGUUCGUGAAACGACAAAAAAUAUAUGCUAAUCGAAUAAAUUUCGGACAUCUCAAAGAAAUAACUACCUCGCGAGAAGUGUCUAUCUGGCUAUGCUGUUUUUUUUUUUGUUUUUUUUUGCCUUUUCUCGUCGUGCGGAUUUAUUUAUUUAUGAUUUUUUGGUUAAUUAUUAAUUAGUUUAAUUAUUUUGUUAAAAACAGGAUCCCUUCGUGUAUCCGUGUUUGGAGCAACAGAUUCCUCUUUAGGUCAUCUGUAUGUACCUGUAAACGGAUCUGGAAGCACAUUGACUGCCUGUCCACAGAAAUCCAGCCGUAAGUAUCUCGUUCUUUUCACGGGAACACCAAACCUGAAAUAUUCAGCCGAAAUAUCUGACAACGUGACGACGAUAAAAUUGAACCAAGUGGAGACUUUCGAAGCCAAGGGAACGUCAACGGUGUUCCAGUUUCAGCCAACACCCGGAAUUUCCAAACGACAACUCGAUGUUACUGUAGAGUCGAACACCGAUACCUCGGCUUACCUAAAAGUGUCUCACAACUGUGAUAGCGUAGUAAAUAACAUAAGGCAUCUGGAUUACGACAAAACAUCAAUACGGCUCACAUUUGCCAAAAAGGGGCGAAUCACUUUAUCAAAAGCAUCAAGUCCUCGGCUUGAAGACUCGGGAGACAUGUGGUUUAUUGGAGUCGCUCUUAAGCGCAACGAUACAUCUAAACUGAAGAAUGUAGCAUUAACACUAAAAAGCUCCUUCGACUAUGAUUAUGGUAAGCCAUUUUAUUUCCUGAUAAGUUUAUCUCUCUUCGGGGGAAUCUUCGUCUCCCUGUGGGCGUUGUUGUGUUUUCGAGACCCCUAUAUUCUUGUACAAGAUGAUAGUCCUGUCGAAAGCGGCUCAAGUUAUUCGUCGUCCUCCAUUGCAUCGUCGACCUUUAAAAAUAAUCUAAGAAGCCUGUUUUCUAGUUGUUGGAAAAGAAACGAAGGAGCCAAUGAAUUAACACCACUGAUACGUGGAACUCCCUACAGACAACCACUAAAAUGGACAGAACUAUUCGUUGCUAUGAAGGAAGUUUUGUUUGGACACUGGUUCGUCCGCGGUCCCAAGACCUUUUCCUACAUCACCUGCAUCGUUGGAUUCGUUCUAAUGGUUGGGGCUUUCCAAUUUGUCUUUGAAGACUGGAAAUCGAUGAUUGAUGAUGGCGACCGCGAUAUGUGUUUUUACAAUGACUUUUGCUAUAGAGUCAGUGGCUAUGACAUUCCAUUUAAUCUGAUGAUUAGUAAUCUUGCGUACAUGAUCCACGGCUUAAUUUUAGCGUGGUCUGUGUGGGUAAUGGAAGCCGAGUUAUUAGCCUGGUGUAAAAGACACGCGCGUAACGCGAAAACACGAACACGAUUACCGGAAGGCCAAGUUGAACUUCCCGACCACUGUUUGAAAUGUCCGUACAUCGAGGUUCAUCUGGCAAAAAUGUCCGUCCCUCAAUGUCGAACCAACCCUGAUGAAGCCACCUUGCUGCACGCGAAAGCCCACAAAAGAAAAUUCAAUUUUUCUCUCGGUUAUUCCUUUGCGUGGGCACUAAUAUUUGAAGGUUGCUUUUCAACGCUGUAUCAUUUUUGCCCUACAAAGUUGACUUUUCAGUUCGAUACAGCUUUUAUGUUUGUCAUUGCGGGUUUAAUUGUUCUGUCAUUGUACAAUGGCCUUAGCUUUAAGGCGUGUACAGCUGAUGGGGAGAUGAAAAUGCCUGUCGAGGCAACUAGUUAUUUUCUUUAUUUUAUAGUUCCUUUAUAUGUGUUUAAUUAUUUAGGGUCACUCUAUUACGAAGACAGUCUAAGCUCGGCCAUGGAAAUUUUGUUCAUAAUUUUUCUGGUGAUAUAUUUACUUCUUAUCUUUUUGUGGGCGGCCAGAAAGCUGUUUUACGACGUAUCGAGCUUGAGCGACUUGAGAAAGUGCGAUGCUUUAACCAAGGCUGCCUUUUUCAUCCUAGUCUUUAUGCUGGUUGCUAUCGCUCUUCCGCUAGAGUUCGAAAAAAAUUUCCCUGAAAUCUUUUUGUUUAGCUGUAUCAUAACAUCCUUGCUUGCCAUUUUUGGCCAAGUUGGGAUUAAAUUCUGGAAAAGCGAUAAAACCCAUUGGAGCAUGCAGAAAAUAGCCUAUCUUGUUUUCCAAGGAUUGUAUGUGCUAGUCACGCUAGGGGUUUUCGGAACUGCAGUCUGGAUUUUCAGUGCUAAGGCGACGAGUGAUAAGACAAAGUCUCCUGGAUUAUCACGUGAUCUGAACCACGACUGCAUAUUAGUGGGUUUUUUUGACUACCACGAUUUGUGGCACAUUCUCUCUUCAUUUGGUCUUCUCAUGGGAACUUAUUUGGUUUUGUACAUUAGUGAAUAACGGCUUUAUAAGAGCAGGCCCAUGGCAAGCACAAGAGAUAAAUAUUUGGCCCUCGCAAUCAAGUGCAUGGAACGCGAAUUACUGUUCACCUCAGCUCCUGGUUGCAAGCCUGGGUUUCAACUGUGCGAAGAAACACUAGUUACCAACACAGAAA